AUGAUAUGUUCAGUAGUGAACACAUUUCCCGUGAACCAUCAUGCUUCCAGCGAAUUUGCUAGCGUUAAAAUCAUAUUUGUCUGUUCUUUGUCAUGUAUUAUGCAGAAUAUUACAUCUCCACCCUUUGAUAGUGAUGCGAGGUAUGUGCCAGUAGUGGAAACGGCAGAGGACUACCAAAAUUCUAAAUUGAGAGAAGUCCAUGCUCGUUGUUGUGAGAGCAGAAUCAGGUUCACUACAAGUCCUUCUACUUUGGCACGGGCUGUUGCACAGAGUGCACUCAACGGGUGA